UUGACAAGUCAGUGUGUAUUUGCCUUCGAAACGCGUACGACGUGUAUGCGACGUCGCUCCGUUUUUCAAAACUCAUAUAUACAAUUUUUCCUACUAUAUCAACUAAAUUAUCUGAAAUUUUCAAAUUCGAUAUAACACUCCGGUUUUUUGCUGCACUAUUAUCAUUGUAUACGAAAAUAAACGUGAACGAUUCGCUGAGGCAUCAGCGAAUUAAAAAAAAAACCAUCGACGAGAGUUGCAACAUUCAAAACAACAACAACAUCAACAGCAGCGGCAGCAACAGCAACAAUUAUUUAGGAAAUUCUCAAAAGCUGCAAUUUUUUUGUUUUCGUUUUGUUUUUGGACACAUCGCGGUACUGCAUUCGAUGGACGAUAGCCGUUCAUCGUGGCGCUAGUUGUUUGAUUAAUUUUUUAUACUUGUCGAUAUUUGAUUCUGGGUGAAACAAGUGGCGACUGUAUGCCAACAGCGUUUAUUUUAUUUAUUUGAGUUUUCAUUUCUGUAUUCAAAACCUCCCCAAAAAAAAGUGUUAAAAAAGUGCUACGAGUUGAACAGAAAAAAAUAAAUAUAUAAAACGAUACUACGAACAAAAAGUCGGUUGAUGCAGAGAAAUUCAAGUAACGAAGAGGAAAAGCGCCACAAACAUUUCAUUGAUUGCGACAAGGGGAAGAGUAACAAUAAAACGCACGAAGCAAAAAAAUGCAUAAAGCAGUAACCGUUUCAUCAUUUAAGCGCGCCAACUCAAUGUGCAAUUAAAUUCGUCGCAGCACUAGCAAGUCCAUUUGCAAAUGUCAAGUUAGCAUUGAGUACGAUUCGGGAGCGAAGCGAUCGCCUCAUUAACAAAACAAAUAAAUGAACUAAGAUUUACUGAACGAAAGAAAACAAAAAAGGGAAAAAACAAGAACGAACGAUCGACGACCACUGUGGAACAUCAAAAGUGAUUAUUGUGCAAGUGCUAGUUACAAAAGACACCAAAGACAGACGAUAUUUGGUCAAUUUAUCCGAUUGACCGUGUUACAGUGUGUUAAGAUUUGUGCGAAAAUUUUGUGCAUCAACGUUUUGGUAACACCAAAAACGCAUCCACCAAUACCAACAGAUAACACAGUCCGAUUCGUUCAUAUUCUGCAUAUUUCGCACAUUUGGUUUCAUAGUCAAUGUGCAGUUUUAUCGCGAACCGCGGUCCAAUAUAAACCAAAUGAACUGAUAAAUGAGCAAAGCGCCCAACUUAACCACGUACUUAUCACAACACUACAAUUGUAUACCAAAAAAAUAACAAACCCGAUUGACAAAUAAAUCGAAACCCAUGUGAACAUUUUUCAAACCCAAACCGAAUCGAUUGAAAUCCAAUGUAUACGAAUCAAUCUUUGAUAGCCGAAAACAAAAUUAUACGAUUUGCUCAAUAAUUUAUAACAAAAUCCAAACAAUUUUGUUUACGAUUAAGUAAGAUAUUUUAGCAGAAAAAUUCUAAUUAUUUAUACAACCAGUAUACAACUAUACCGCAGUUAAGACUCUUUUUGGGGCGGAAUAUAGCAGCUUAAAGAAGUAUAACUACAUAAACAUACGAGCAAGAAAAAAAAACGCAAAACAAAUGAACCCGCAGCACAGUUCAGCGCUGUAUCCGGAAAGUGAGCAUAAAAGUUUAUGUGUGAAAUUGUGAUUGGUCUCAUUUCAAGAAACGUUUAAUUUACACGUAUAUUCAACCACAGUAACAAUAACAAUACAUAAUUGAACAAGAUCUCGCGCGCGUGUGGACUUUCGAAAACCUCUAAAAGAAUUUCUGUAAAUUAUUAUUGUCACAACCAAAAAAAAAGAGAUAAUAUUAAAGGAAAAGAGAUCAUCGAAUUCUGUUUAUGUGUUCAAGUUUUGGAGUGUCGAGUAGACAAAGUUUUUAAAUAAGCAUCUAAUCGUGAAAUAGCCGACAAGUAAUACGACAGAACGAAUAUCAUAAAGUUCCGGACAUUUGAAGCACUAAAAAGAACAUUUAGUUGUCGUGUGAGUAAUCACAAACUAGAAAGUGGCACAAAUUGAGUUUGAAGCCGCUCCCAGAGCAUUGAUGGCUCAGCCUAGGUAUGACGAUGGCCUGCACGGCUACAUGAAUUCAGGAGCAGCAGCAGCAGCUAUGUACGAUCCACAUGCUGGCCAUAGACCACCAGCUCUACAAGGAUUACCAUCACACCACUCACCUCAUAUGAGCCAUGCAUCGGCCCCAUCGGUUGGAAUGCACGGAUAUCACACUGGACACGGUGGUACGCCUAGUCAUGUGUCGCCAGUUGCAAAUCCAAUGGGCACAAUAGCUGAUAAACGUGAUAAAGAUGCAAUCUAUGGACAUCCACUGUUUCCUCUGCUGGCGUUAGUAUUUGAAAAAUGUGAACUAGCAACAUGUACACCCAGAGAUCCUGGUGCUCAAGGCGCUGAUGUUUGUUCAUCAGAAUCCUUCAACGAAGACAUAGCAGCAUUUAGUAAACAGAUCCGUGCAGAACAACCAUAUUAUUCGGCCGAUAACGAAGUAGAUUCACUUAUGGUACAAGCUAUUCAAGUACUUCGGUUUCACCUCUUAGAAUUAGAAAAGGUUCACGAAUUAUGCGAUAAUUUCUGUCAUCGAUAUAUAACAUGCCUGAAGGGUAAAAUGCCAAUAGAUUUAGUGAUUGACGAACGGGACACCACCAAACCGCCAGAAUUGGGCGGUUCUGCGAAUGGUGAAGGUAGAAGUAAUGCUGAUUCAACAUCACACACUGACGGAGCGAGUACACCAGACGUUCGGCCGCCGAGUUCAUCGUUGUCAUACGUCGGAGCAAUGAACGAUGAUGUACGAUCACCUGGUAGUGGGAGCACACCUGGACCAUUAUCACAACAACCACCUCACGGCUUAGACACAGAUCCCGAUGGUAAGUGAAUAUGCAGAAUAUCAGUGAAAAAAAAGUGGAUCUGUUUGUACUGCAAGGUGAUGACAUAUACUAGACACACAAUGCGGUAACAUGAAAUUAAAAUAAAUAAUGCUCGUAGCAGCCAAAUAAUUGCGCUCGAAAUGAAUCGUAUUUACAUGGGCUAAACUAUCAAAUCAAAAAUUUAAGGACAACCGAAUGUCAGAUGAAAAUCGGAAAAAGCGAAAAACUAAAAGCCUCAGAGUCCGGUAUUUUCUAGCAAUAAGUAUGGUUUGCAACCGCUUCUUGCAGGUUUUUUUUUGGCUUUGUUUAGUAGUUUUUAUAUUCAUCAGUGGUAUAAUUAAUACACAUACGUACAUAUAUAUAUAUAUAUAGAAGAAAAAAAAGCCCCAAGUCAUAUCUAGAACUGUUUGAAAAUGCAACCAGAUGGAAAAAUGUGCCCCUCCUUCCAAUUUUCUGGGUAGCUGCUUGUGUGGCAUUGGUUAACGUUGACAUUGCAUAUACAUAUAAACAGAAUGUGAAUUAAACCAAUGCUUACCGACCUAAUACCCACAAAAAUGCCUGGGAAUAUAUGUAAUUUUCGCAUUAAAUAAGUAUUCAUUAAGCGCACACUCUGCGAGAUGGAGAGAGAGAAAGAAAAAAAGACCUAUCGAAACAUCAACGACGCACCACUGCAAUUAUGACAAGAGCAGCCGUCCUUGUGGUUUCGUCACUACUGUUUGGUUCUUCUGCUUCUCUCUCUCUCUCUCUCUCUCUCUCUCUCUCUCUCUCUCUCUCUCUGCUAGACCGUUGGUUUUUUAUUCUUCGCUUCUCCCAUCGCUCGUGCUCAAAGAUGACUUCAUAAUAUGAACUUCAUACAGACAACUGUCCCAACCAUUAUUCAUCACAUGUUUGAUAUGAAAAUGACACGUUGACGCUGAACUUUUCACCAGAAAUUGUCUCACAAUUACCGUAAUCUUUGUUCAUUUUUUCUGCUGUUUGUUGUUGGUAAAAUACUUGGGUUGUCAUCAAAAUUGGGCCGGAAGUAAUCGUUUUCAGUCACUUUUGACAAUUGAUUUUACUUAUAAAAUAGUAUAUCGUUACUAUUCAAAACAUAUUGCAAUUUUCAUUUUUCUGUUAUUUUUUUUUUUAAUCGAUGAUUUCAUGCUUAGCCUAUUAUUUAAAAACAAUCGUUACUCCAUACAAUUGCUGACAAGGCAGGCCAUUUAGUUUAGUUUGAGGAAAUGACAUAUUGAAAAAAGAUCGAAAGUUACACUUAUUUUGAUCGGUAAAAUAGCAAAUGGAUAGUUAGCAAGAAUGAAUGAUGAAAAUUUGCAAGACAAAUAUGUACAGGUGCUCAAAUUCGUUACGACAACAACACUAGCCUUGAAUCCAUUUCUUUAAAAUGUGAUGAAAUGUUGCACCGUAAUUUUCACACGAGUUGGAUUUUCACAAGAAUGAAACAAGAUUGAUUUCUUCUAUGAUAUGCUGAUGCUAAAAUUGAGCCAUGAAAAACCAGCAUCGCAGGUAGAGAGCGGUCAAUUAAGCGAAACAUUUCAAAAUUGAUUGAUAGCCGUAUGAGUGGGACUUUAAUUCUGAUUAUCAAAGGUCCAACCGGUGAAAAGGGGUCAAGAGGAUAAUAAUUUUGUAAUUUAUUCGAUCGAUCGAUCGAUCGAUCGACUGAUCGAUAAAGUAACUUAAAUUGAUUGAUGUUCUCUAAAAGUAGUGAUCAUGAGAUCGGUGUUUCUCGUGUUACUUGUUUCAAGCAAUUUUUCAUUUGGCGCAAAGAUUGGUGGACAGUCUUUGCGUCACCUAAACGUACUACCGUCAAAAACCGUUUUUUUCGCUCGCUUCAUUUCGAUCGCAAUCGGUUUACUGGAGUAUUGGAAAUUUCACUCGCAGUGUGUGGUUGACCGUUGGAAUCAUGACGUGUUUCUUUCUCGUUAUUGUUGUUCUACGUCAUCAGAACCAUUUCCAGUGCAUAUCUUUAGCAUCUAUUAAAAGUAAUUAUUCGUUCGAUGAAAUCGCUUUUGGAUGUAUCGAACAGAAAAAGACAUCAGCGCCUGAAAAGAGUAGCCGCUACUGCAGUGUACGUGUUAGUUAACGCCUAUUUUUCUCUUUUUUUCUGCGCUGUUGUUUACUGUUCCUUUUCGUCAGAGGAGAAAAAGUAAAUUAAUCCAUUAUCGAUUGAAUGAUUUAACGAAAGGUAAAUCAAUCGGAAACCGUUGAAUGAAUCCAACACGAGAGAAAAAAAAAGAGAUGUACGCAAAGUGAAUAAAGGCGAGCGAGAGACCGCAUUUUGAUUCAAAGUAAAGGUUAAAAAAAGACUAAAUAUUCAAGCGGAUGGCUGUUGUUCGGUCAUAUCGAAGCCAUCUCUCUUACCACUGAAUUUAAUAUUCAUUAAAACAAAAGAAGAACAAAAAACUGUCUGUUAUCUUUGAAUCGUAUUUUCUGCAUUGAGCAAUGUGUUCAAUGAGUUUUUUUUUUCGUCGCCUGGCACUCCUGUCGACAUCGCUACCAAUGAGUUUCAAUUUAAUGUUGUUUUUCUUUCGUUGCCGCUCUGAUGAUCCGACGAAAAUGUGGUCGUGCGCGAGCGCUCAUGUAACAAAUAUGCUUGGCUCGAUUUGACCAAACCACUUACAGGUAUAUCCAAUUGGGUCGACAUGCCAAUGAAUAUUGAAGUUUUUCAUGGCAUCGGCCUCUCUGCACCACGCUUACUUGUUACUAUCAAUCUGCACGAUUGAUGUUCCUCCGCUGUUCCCUGUUUCAUUUGGAUUAAUUAAAUAUGUUCUGAAAUUAAAAACAAAACAAAAACUCAGCGAAAGAGAGAAUAAGAUUGCGUAUAAGAUUGAAGAUUGUUGAGAGUGUAGCGUUGAACUCGCACCAUGGCCCAUACAAAGAAGAAGAAGAUUUUUGUUUUUAUAAUAAAGAGAUUGCAUCGUCCACAUUACAAUUUAUGGUGCAUUGUCGCUGGGGCUAUGUUGCUCGUCAGCCUUGGCCAAAUGAUAAGAAAGUGUACCGUUUGAUUUUUGUUUUGUUUUCGGUUUUUAACUUUGGGCCAGUUAUUCGGCCUGAUCGAUUGGCCAGAGCGGGCGUUGAACGAUGGACCAAGUAAUGAAUGGUUUUUUAAUCAAUUGAUGUCGAAAACUAUUUGAUUAGUGGUGCUUUUAACGCGAGGCUGAUUUUCCUUGAUUCACACAGCCAGUGCACAUCAUCAUCCACAUCGGUCGGUAGCGCUCUUUGUGAUAAACCUGUCGACAGUGAUUCCAAUCUUUCAUAUCUGAACUAUCAAUCAAACUAGUGGGAAAGCUUAAAAGAUCGAAAAAGACACAAUGACUGGAAACGGCAAACGGCAACGGCAACGACAGCGCCACAGAGGAGGAUAUACACAAGUCAAACGCUAAACAAACAUGGCAAGAAGUCAAGCUAAAAUAAACGAAAUAAUGUUUGCGGUUUCUGCAAUUUACAUUGAUUAUUUUCAUGAAACAAACUAAAUGCGUUUCCAGUCAGCCCCGCUGCAACGCUGCAGUGCUAAUGCCAGUAAUGAGCAGCAACACCGCGGACGGUUGAAUUUGUAGCACCCAUACUGUGCACGUUCUAAUUGCACAAAUCAAAUAUGUUUACAGACAACAACAGUUUACGGGCCGGGCGAUUGCACAGAAUCACACAGUGCGCCUCCGUACAGUGUGCUCGCUCGGCAAAGUGCAAACGAAAGACAGAUAUACAUAUUUGCUAUUUGUUAUUCACAAAGCUCUCGGCUAGAGAUGCAAUUUUUGUGGGUCAUCACGUUGUGGAUGAAUUUGUUUAGACACGGCAUAUAAAUUGAUUUUAUGCAAUGAAUGGCGGUUUGGUGCAAUCACGCUGAAAUAAAUAUUUACACUUUAUUUAUCUGUGCCGUGGCUACGUCAAAUAUAUUACAAUCAAAACCAACGAGAUGAACGCAGUGAGCAAUGAUUUUAAUUAAAAUGAUAUACCUCAAACACACAACAUUAGCAAAUGUUUGUUGUAAUCGGCGAGCGCGAACGAAAUUAAUAAGGUAAUGAGUCGAAAAUUGCAUUUGUUUAAACAGUUCUAAAUUGGCGGAAUCAAAGAAAGUUUUAUCUGCUCAUUGCAAAUGACUCGUUUUUGAGUGACCAAAAUUCCCUCGUAAAAACGAUUCCUUCGGCUUUUUGAUCCGAUCGAGCUGAACAACAUGUAAAGGUGUAUAAAAAUGCGCAAAACCGUGUUUUUGCCACAAAUUUACGAUGAAAAAUGCAUCGAAUCUGUAAUGUCCGCUAAAUGACUAAUGAAGGUAAUGAAGUGUCCAAAACCAAUCAAUAUUCCCGUAGAGAAAGGCAGAAAUUUUGCACACGGGCCCAUUACCACCCAUCGCAGCAUUGCAAGCAGCCGAACAUUUUUCAAUUUUCACAAGAAUUAACAAAAUCUGGAUGAAAACAGUGAAAACAAACUGAUGAUAUUGUUAAUGCAAAUAUAAGCUCGUUCGCUUGCAAAUUUGGAGUAAAUCAACAUCUGUAAUUAUGGCUUGAUACGGAGGCUUGAGUUAUGUACGUGCUAAUAGAAACUAUCAGCGCCGCCAAUCAUUCGAGAAUAAAUUUGUUUCGGUUUUGUGUGCAUGAAUGCAUGCUUAAUAAUAAUAAAUAAAGUGCAAUUAAUUCCACGCCGAUUGGCAAGUGCAAAUGGAAUUGUUCAUUGCAACCGACAUAUCAUUCAAAGUUUGAACACACCAAACACAUGCGCACGCUUUCGAAUUGAAGGAUAUGAUAUGCACGGAGAUGAAAAUUCAAUUGAACUGAAAACCGAAUCCGAAAUCGAAUUGAGCAAUCUAUUGCACAAAAUAUUAUUAAAUGCAAUUGGCCGACAAAAAAACAACCAGGAGCAUAUUAUCUUUUCUAUCUGCAAUUUCGGGUUCAGGCCCAAAAAUCAAUUGCAUACAUAGACCAUAAUCUAUAACACAUUUGAAUCAAAUGCUAAGCACAUGACUAAACCAUUUGCAAUGGUACGCACACACACACACGCACACACACACCAUUCACCAGACAAUUUCUUGCCAAUCGAUUUGCGGAGAAUGCAGUUAGCAUUUGGCUUUGAGAGGCAAAUGGCAGACACGCACUCGAAGCCGAAUGCUUACAUUUGUUGAAUGAAAUAAAAUGAUAAUAAAAAUAAUGCAAUAAUGUAAAACUCAGCAAUUCGAUGCGACCUUUGAAUUACGUGACAAAAUUUUUAAAAAACUACACGCAACUCGAAAUCCAAUGAAAGAGAAAGAGAAUGCGAGUGCGAGUAUGUCGACGCCGUCAUCAUGCCACUAAAAAUCAAUCCACUAAAUUCACAUCCCAUUAUAUUCGCUUACACUCAUUCUCGUUGCUGUCGUUGUUUUGUGUUGUUUCACUACGUGCUGUUUUCGGUUUUCUAUCUUCGUUUCUUGCUCUUUUAGUCUUGAGUCUUAGUUGUCUUUUCGACGUUUCUCUCGCACAAUUCUGGAUUGAACAUUUUUUUCAUUACUUGGCGUUGGUGUUCCGCUUUUUGGUUCUUAUUUUGCUAUCUAAAACAUUGGUGACUUUGAGUUUUUUUUUUUUUGGGUUCCAUUGAUUCGACGGCAUGACUUUGGUGUGAAUGGCUUCGUCUAAAAGCCAUGAAUUGGCAAAUAAAAUAAUGCAUUUCGAGGCAAUACGAGAAGAAAAAAACAUGGGGCGUCACAGUAGUUACACAAGUAUAAUCCAAUGUUGAAAAAGACGCAAAAAAAAACCCAAAGACGUAAAGCUGUGUAUAUUUUUCACGUAAUCUAUUUGACGUUCAACGUAAAAGUCCCUUAAGCGAGUGCGCGUGUGAUUUGAAUACUUGAAAGAAUUUGGUGGAGAGCUGAGGAAAGCCAGCGAAAAAAAAAAUUAACAGGAACUCGGAGAGCGCACAACCAACAAAUUUAUUCAAUACGAAUAAAACCGCGAUGGAAGUGUAGCAAUAAUAGCAAUCACACGCUAUUUUACUAGUUUUCUUAACGGAAAAAUGCAUUAUCGCAUUUAUCUGCACACACUUCGAGACGAUUCCCAUAACAGCACACACACUCACUCACUCACAAACGAAACGCAUGUGCUGAACACUGGAAUUAUUAUAAAUGAUGGGAACUGUGCGACGAAUUUUUAAUUCGUUAUCUCUCGUCAACAUCGCGCGCACACUGAUUGCUGAUACGGUUUUGUGUAGCGGGCGGCGAAUUCACAAUCUAAAUCAAGUACAAAAUUCAGCUAAUGUCUCUCAUUGGUCGAAUGAAAAUGCUCAGAAUCGUAAUUUAUUUACAUAGUUGAUAUGUGUGUGCACUGUGCAAGGCACAUCAAACGGGACUGUUAUCCGCGCCUUUCAUUUUGAUUCCAUUCCAUUCUAUUCGGUUCUAUUCCAUAUUUUUUCUUUCAUACCAACGCUGCUGUUGUUAUCAAUCCGAUUCCAAUUCGUUCGUGCAAGUGUAUUUAUAGAUGUGGCGGCAGCUGUCGUGCAUUGUAAUAAAAGUUGCGAAAAUUUCGUGACGCAUCGCAAACCUCUCAUAUUCUUGAGGGUUUUUUUUGUCCGUUGCAUUGAUUUUUUUUUUCUGUUUCAUUUCUCUUCGUUUAAUUUUUGUUUGAUUUAUUCUCUCAGAUUUCAUAUCACGUUCAAAAUUCACUCUCAGACUAAAACAACAGACAUUGAAGACACACAAUUUUCACAAGCAACAAACGAUUCCAACAACUGAUUUAAUUGGUUUAGUUGGUAUUUUGUUUGGCUUGAAGUGCUCGUUGUUCAGGACAAAUGCAAUAGUCAAUCGAUCAACAUUCUAAACAUUUUCAUUUCGUUGACUCUCCAUUUGUUGACCAGCCAGUUUGUACGUGAGGAAAACACUGCAGAUCAUACUAAAGACAUGCAAAUUGAUUCGAGUUUAAAAACCUGAAAUGAGAAAUAAAAUAAAUACACAAGGCUAAACUCUAUUCAUAAGGUCAGACAGAGAUAGAGAGAAAGAAUUGACAGAGUUUCCAUGAUAUGCGGCGAAAGCGAUUAUGUUCUGUAGUAAAUAACAUUUGCUGUUGUCUUCGAUCGAUUGCAAUUUGUUGAACCCAUUAGAAUGCGGCGUGCGCAUGAAUGAGUCGCUUUCAAACCGAAUGAACCUUCAAUAAUUUCUUAAUUAUAAGCCAUCUUAGCUCGAUCCUAAGAAGUGGACAACAACAAGAAGAAACGUAUUGACAAACAAGUGAAAAGAAGGAGAAAAAAAUAUUACUAAACGCUAAUUUCCGGCGAAAGCAAAACAAAAAAAAAAUCAAUAAAUUAAGCACAUGGCCGGGGAUUAGGCUAGUGCCCAUUCAGAAUUUUGCGCUUGCACAAUUUGGUUGUUCGUUUAUUUGAUAUUUUUUCUUCCUUUUAUUUCCGAAAGUUGAAUAUUCUAUCGGUGUUUAUAGGUUUUGCGACUCCCGUUGCCAAACAUUCGAUUACAUAACAUUUUUCGUGGUGAAAUAAAAGCGUUUAUGCCUGAUAUAUUUUACAACAACAAGGAGACGCAUUGUUGUAUGACCCAGCUGGUAAAGUUCGACUAUGACGUCAGCUAUUCAAUUUUCUGUCAAAACCACAAACCAUGUCAACUGAAAUGAAAUAUUUACUAUUGGUUUGGCAGAAUGGCGGAGCGCGCUACGAUUUUUAUGUGUAUUUCGCACAUGCGAGACAUGGCAUUUUCCCCCUAAUACUGGCAACGCUUAGGCCAGUUCGAUUUUGGAGCAAAAGAAAGGCGAUCACACAUUUUUCUUGCCCACAUAUUACAUUCAUUUUCUGUUUUCUACAUGCGCUUAUUUUGCAGUUAUAAGUGCAAAUUGCUUGAGUAAACGAAAGUAUGAAAAAAUAUGCCGAAACCAAAGUUUUGAUGAAAAAUUUAUUGAGACUUUUUUCGAGAGGUAUUAUCCACUAGAUCUAUUUGCGGAUGGUAAUUGUUCUAGAUAAAAUAAAUUUAAUGGUAUCAAUGUAAAAUGCACGGAACAAAAUACAUAAAAGUUCAGUGAUCUCAGACUUGCAAAUCAGCCUGUCAACAUUAGUGUUAUUGAUGCUUUUCGGCAUUUCAAACGCCUAUAUCGGAUCGCAUCAACAAUAUCGAACCGAUACUUAUUCGGGCAAACCUGUACAUAGCACAUAUGUCGAAUGUCAGCUUGCAACAUGAUGACAUCUUUUAUUAAAUAAUACGACCGGUGCUUGUGUACACUGCUCUGCUGAUAUUUAUAUACAUAUACAUACACAUUGUAUAUUUAUAUGGAUUGUCAAAAAUGUCAUGCAAUUUGACGUAUUUAUUAUACUAAGCGGCGGUGCCACGUAAAAGAAGUAGGCAAAAGAGGCUAAAAUAUAGUUCAAUAAACACCAGCACAACAACGAAAUGUAUACAUAAAGCGGCUGGUUCGAUCGCUGCUACGAUUUGACAUAAACAGCAGACACUCUAUUGAUAACGUCGCUUUCUGACUUUGGACCUAUUACUUUGUGCCGGUGAUGUGAUCUGACACCAGCACAUUAUUAUUAUGUUUCUGUCGGGCUCUCUCUCUCUCUCUCUCUCUCUCUCUCUCUCUCUCUCUCUCUCUUUCUCUCUCUUUUCAUUGUCUAUAUUUUGCAAGUAAUUUCCAUCGGCAACACCAUGACCUACAUUAAAUUAUGAUUUAUAUUUUAAAUACGCAUAAAACACUCUUUCAUGUACACCGAAAUCAGUCAAACUCAGGCGGUGGUACAGACGCAGACGCUGAGUAUUCACACACACACACACACACACACACAUCACCGAAUGAAUGAUACGACAUUUUGUGUCGCUUCAGACAUUUGAACCCGGCAGGAACACGGAACCGAGCCGAGCCGACAAAUAAAAACGACAACAGCAGGAACAAUGUAUAGAAAAAUGUUUGACUUCAGAAGCAGCGUCAUCGUCCUCUUCGGCGCAAACAUAUUACGAAUGCCAGACAAACUGCAAAAAUUCAUAUGUCAAAAGCUUGCGUGUAUGUGAUUGGCAGUUCAUUGUCAAUCAAAACUCUUCGACGCCGACGACGACGAUGACAAUGAUGACAUUUCUUCGGAGUUUUUGCUCCCUUUUCCUCCAUCGUUUCUUAUUAGCCCAUCGAUUUUUCCUUUUUAUUCAUAGCCGUACGAUGGCAUUCUUCGAUCUAUCAAAAUGCGUCGUAAUUACUGUGAUGAUUUGCUCAACGACUAGAUCCGACUACUUUUGACAGUUGAAUCAAAUUUACAUGCAAACUUUAUUCCAAUGUUGACUUUAGUGGCUUAAUAUCCUCCCACAAAAAUUGGCCCAGUUCUUUUUUUUUCCUCCUUAUUUAUUCUGGUGUCUAGUGAUUGAUAAUAUAUCAUUAAAAGUGUUCGCACAUAUGAUUCGUGUGAUUAUAAAUUAUAUUUUAUUUUUCUUUGCUGCAUAUGUGUCGCGAUCAAAUGAAUAUGCUGCACGGGUUGAAUGCACAAAACCCGACCCAAACACCGCGUAUACUUCAAUUCUACAAUUUACACUUGUUUCAUUCGCAUAUCUGUCCUUUUCGUCUUCUUUUCCCGUCGCUAUGCUAUUGCCAGCCUAUGGCAAACUAACUUGCCCAUGCGAACGAAUGAAAUAGACUGUGAAUAUGUUUUAGUUUUCCACGACGUGCACAAUAAUUUAUGUGUAUUUAACUGUUUGUUAUGGACAUAAAUUUUCAUCUGGUGCGGUGGUGACCUUGAAUUAUUAAAAUUUAUUGCACUUGGAUCCAUGUUCCCAUUCAUGUGCAUUAAUUCUGAACGUGUGCUGUGUAGAAAAAGAGCGACACACAUAGAGAGGGAGAGAGAGAUGGAGAUGGAGAGAGAACGAGAGAUACAUAAGGUAAACAAUUUUGGAAUUUUCGAUCGAAGGCUUGUUAGAGAGAUGAGGCGAAAAAAAAGUUCAAUUACCUUGUCAUUUAUCAAACUCAUACAACGCCCAUAAAGCGGCCAAACUAUUUCAAUGUUUCGCUUUCAAUGUCCGUUUCUUUAAGUGCGUGCCUAUAUUUCUGAAUUCGUAUGCAUACAUUUAUUUUCUACGUGACCUGCGCAUCUAUAAAUGGACUAACUCUUUUAGUUAAUUAGGUUUGGAAUGGAAAUCCAAUGAAAACUCUCCGCAUUCACGUAUAAGCCGUAUUCAACCUAUAAUAACGAAAACAAAUGAUAUUGAUACUGUCGUAUGGGCAGAACCUUGCAGUUUCUUUGUAAAACUUGUUCUAAAUGUUCUUUUUCUCGACCUGUCCCAUUCAUUAUGGAUCGCCAAAAUAUUUUUAACUUUAUCGAUUUGCCAACUUUCAUUCUGAAUCGGAAUUUCUCUCAACUGAAUCAAUAACGUGAAUGGGCGGUUAAAUUUCAAUUUUCAAUCAUCAGCAUUUCUAGGCCAAAAAAUCGAUUAAGUAAAAUAUGGCGAAAAAGAAAUGACAUAUUUAUGAAACGCGAAACAGAAGCGAACGAAGACAGAUUCAAGCUCUAAUUCAGUUGAUGCACGAAUUUAUUUUGCCGUCGGUAAAGCGCAUGGCGUAAGAGCGAAUGACAUCAACUGGCCCAUGGAAUAUAUGCUAUUAAAACUAAUACAGAGUUCUAGUUUAUUUAUCAUCGAUGCACGCACACAGAUCGUGAUGGAUUUUAUUGUCAUGAAUCUUAAUUCUGUUGAGCGCUGAAAAAAAAUAUCUCAAUAUUACAUAAAUCAAUUAUUUGAAUUGCUCAACAUGAGCAUUUGCUGAGAUUGCGUACCGACGGACAUUUUAUUGUCACUGCCAUUGAAUGCUGAACAGAAACAGUGCACUCAACUAUUAUCAUUCGCUGACGACAUUUUCUCCCUAUUGAAUGUGUUCGCAACCCGAACGCAACGCGUAGGCAACUGCAAAGGAUGAUGGAAAUUAUUCCACGUUCGUUCGCAAAAAUAAUUAUAAAAUAUUUUGUCUAACAUAACAACUUACCGGAUAAAAUUUCCGGAUUGCGAAAUCAGUUCUGGCAAAAAAAGAAGCAGAGAAUUCAUUCAUGUCGAGCGGUGCAUUUCAUACGGGGCAGACCCUUCCAAAAUUAUCAUGUAUAGGAAAAUGAUGACGUCCAGACAGUGUCGUAAUGCCGAUCGAAUGACAGCAUGGAAAAAGGCAGCAAAUUAUCAUCAUUUGGAUUUAUGUCUCCCUCAAAAAGUGAAAUUACGUCGUGUACUUAUUAUGCUGCCGGUUAUUGUGUGUGGAUGGAUGGAUGUGUGGUUGAGGACGAUGAAUGGGAUUGGAUCCAGAAUAUACAUGAAAAUUUGUAGAUUUUUAUUGUUCUUCCCUCCGAAAUACAUUCAGCGAGAAUUUUGCGCUCCGACCGAUUGGUAUGUGCGUGCAAUCGCAGUAAGAUAUUAGGCAAUAAAAUUUGUGUGUGCAUGUAGAGAAAAACAUUUUGACCGAAAAAAAAGCGGCAUAAGCGCUCUGAACUACACAAGCUACGAAUAGGGAAUCCAAACAAGAAAUUGAAUUUAUUCCACACAAUUUUUUUUUUGUUCUUCUCUUUCCCGUACUCACUUAUUCGGCUAAGCACUUGUGUCGGCAUGGCUAAGAAUAUGAAUUGCGAUGUAUUCGGGCAGCAGGCAGAAAGAAAACGACAUUAGUCUUUUGAAUCGAAUCGGAUCGAAUCGAAUUCACCCAAAUAUAGAGGAAUAUGACCAAAAAUUAUAGCAUUCAGAAGGCUGACAAACACAGACUAUGAAAGUCAACGAGAAAGAAUAAGAAGCACAUAGGGAAAAAAAGCCGAUGGAACGGCAGAGCACCAAAUCUGUAUGAAGAAUGCGUUGAAUGUGAUUAUUGUGGGUGCAUUAUUCAUAAACUUUUAUCCGAGCACUUAUGUUCUUACAUAGACCAAGACCAAUUCCAUUUGUUCAGUUUAUUUGAAGAAAGAAAGGAAAGGAGAAGAAUAAAACGAAGGCGAGAAGAGAAUAUCAUAGAAAAUAUGGAGAGUCGAAAGAAUUUUUUUUAAGAAGAUGAAGGAGAGAACAAAAAAAAUCUGUAAUGUGUAUCGAAAGCUGAAUUACAUCAAACUCUAUUUUUAACCAAAGACAUUUAAUACCAUCACAUCGUUUUGUCGUCCUACUCAUCCUAUCAUUUGAUUUUUAAGUUCCAUCUUUUUCUCGCUCCUUCUCAAAUGAUUCGCUUUCUCUUGUUGGUUUUCAUCUUUCUUUUUCUUCAUUGUCUUUUGUUUGAGAGAGUCGGUUUGCGCGUUCCAGCCAAAUGGAAAUGAUGCAUUUACGAUUGAAUAAUAAAUCAACUUAAUUCUUUUUUUAUUUUCUUCGCUUUUUUCGCUUGUUUGAUUUGGUUUUUAUAUUAUAUGAUUGAUGAUUUUCAAUUGAUACGAUUUAACAUUCCAUAUGUGAGAAUGAGCGAGCGCGUAACAAACAAUCUCACAAACCAAUAACAAUGAAUGCACGUAAAAAGUGGCUGGCCAAUAGCAAAGAAUCUUCAAUGAAUGUUUUCUUUCAUGAAAUUUAGAGAAUUUCUCAAAGAAUGCACAUGCUCCGAUACCCAAUUCUGAUUACCUGUUUGAUUUGACACAAUCUGCAUUUGGAUGUGCUGUAUUGCUGAUUGGGGUUAGAACAAUCAUUCGAACCAAAAUACAUUUAUAUCUAUAUGUAUAUCGCAUUGGUCAUGAAGACAAUCUCAAGCUUUUAUUUGUUUGUGUUCGAGUCGCAUCUUUGGUCUUCCUGUCGAAUAUUUUGAUAAGAUGAAAAUAUGUGAAAUGCUUGUGAUGCGACGCUGUUGUCGGAGAUUACCGCUUUUUGCCCAAUUAAAUGAACACCAGAUGAAAUAUGGGGACGAUGAUCGGCAAAACGUUGACCAUAACGUUUUGUGCUUAAGUAAUAAUUGUGGGAAAAUGAAAUGAAUUCACUGGUUCGAAAUGCCAUAAGUAGCGUCAUCGAUUCCCAAUAACGCCUUACUUACAAAAUCCGGCACACACACAUAUAUGCUCGGCCCGGCCAAACGCAGGCAAAAACGAUAACGUGAAAUACUAAUUUAAUUUAAUUCGAAAAUAACUCAAAAUAAAACUUUUCAUUAAAGUCACAGCGAAAUAAGUUGUGGUUGGCACAACGACGUGAAAUACCGUCCCAACAGCGCAAAUUCAACAACAUUUUUUAGCUCGAAUGAAAGAAAAAAAAAACACACACACAAUAAAAUAAAAACUUUAAAAAAUUUAAACAUUUAAAACAAAUGUCAAUCACGAAUGUGUGGUAUGCAUUUACUAAUUUUGAUUUGACUUGAUAUCACGUUCGAAUCGAUGCAGAAAUAUCUCCAUACGCUAAAUUUCCCGGUCAUGUUCCGUCCUUUUCUCACGCUUAACGCAGCGACCCAGAAAAGUGCAGCCACACAUACACGAAAUCCCGUCAGUUUCUUGUUGCCAAAUCAUUGUGUGCACUAAUCGUCGCGCUACAAUGAGCAGAAAAACCCGAAAUUUAAAAUGUUCAGUAACACUUAUUGCUUCAUCAUUUCACAUCGCGCAUUCUGUCGAGUUUGAGCAAUUCUCAACUCAUGUGCAUCAUCAUGAGCGAUAAGCGUUAAAUUAUGGAGUCGAAAUGCAUCUUAUAAAUACGUGUGUACAAGCUUGAAGUGUAAAUUUAUUUAUAUAUUCCCUUAUAUUGAAAGUCGCAUUUUAUAAACACUCGCCGUUGACCACAAAUAUGCACAAAAAUGCACAUCAAUAUACAUGGAUGCUCGGGCCAUUGAAGUGGUCUGUCUGUCUGUCUGCCUGUCUCUUAGUUUGUCAACUAAACACGAUGACGACAACAUACACAUACACACACAAACACAUAAGCACGCAUUCUAUGAUACUUGAAAACUUUUGCAUCCGUUUCGCUCCAACAACGAGCGCAUAAGCACUUCGUGCAACAUAAAUGGCACGAAACUGGUUCAAACAAUUCCAAAUUGGCAAUGCGUUGAAGACAAUUAUGGAAUUAAAUAAUUUCUUAAUUGGUGUGAUACCAUUCGCUCGUGAUCGUGCUGUAUCCAGGCCUAAUUUUGCCGAAGAAGAGACCGGAAUGAUUCAUCAUAUUUCAUAUGGUGUUGCACAAAUCAGCCUGCAAGAACAAAUUAACGAAUUUGAUCUUAUUAAGGAGACGUGUACGCAAUUGAAAUGGUUAUAAUUGUUAAAAAUGAUUGUGUGGUAUGGACUGCGAUGCACCCCAUUCAAAUGAAUGCGCACGGAAUAUCAUGCGAUUGAGAAAGAGAAACGAAAACGGGAAAAGUCGAACCAAUCAUUUUUUUUAAUAAGACACUUAACAAAUUAUGGUCUAAGCAACGGCUAUCAUGGUCGAUUUCCUCCUAAUUUUCAAUUUAUAUCAAUUUAUUCAAAGUAUGCAUCAAAUUUUCGACAGACAAACCGACAGACACAGCGCCAAUAACAAGGAUAAAUUCAUCAAAGUAUAAUCUUGUUUGACCCACCUUGUUAUUAAACUGCAUCAGGGGUUGCUGCUUUUGACACCAGCUUAACCAUCACAUUGCAACGCAAACAAUAUAACGCGAUACUACCGUUGUGUGUAUACAUAAGUUGUGGCCAAAAACUAAGAAGGGAAAAAAUAAAUAUAUAAAUUAUUUAGGUGUUGGUCGAAAGACCAGAAAAAAAAACAAAAGGUAGCCCAAAA